UGCGGUAAGAAAAUCAAAGGAAUGAGGAAUCCUGUAGAGAAUAUCAUACGUGCAACGUUGAGCGCAACCUAAAUUCAGUCAUGUCGUCGUCGUUAAUACGAAAAGGGUUAGAGUUAUUUAAAGACGACCUUCAACUCAGUGAUUCAAAGCCGAACAAGCAGAAAAGCAGACCAUUAAGUAAAGAACAGAUUCUGGGCACCUGUAAACAGGGACAGAAGAACAAGCUGAAGCGAAUGAAACGGAAGCAGAUGCAAGCAGCUGCAAACAAUAAAGUUAUCAAAUCUGCAUUUGAGGAGCAUAAGAAGAGGGCACUUCCUGAUUACACAAAAGAUAACCUCUAUUUCAUCAAAAUGUUAGAACAAAACAAAAUCAAGUCAUCAAAGGUUGAUAAGAUAUUGGAGCAACAUUCUCGGAAACAGAUCAGGGACACUGAAGGUCAAACAAGUGCAGAAACGAAACCCGAGAGCACCGUGUUUGAUGAGAGUGACUUCAGCAAGUUCGAGAAAGAAUUUAAUUUCACCUAAAUUAUUGUGUUUACCUUGCGCCAUGUAGCUUGUAAAUAUUUAUUAUUAUGUCUAUAGUUGACAUUAAUCUGGUUGCAUUUUUUAGAUAUUCAAUUGUGUGUAAUAUGAUUUUUAUCAGAAAUUAUUCUUUUCGUAUGAUACUGUAUUGUGUAUCAAAAAUAAAGGAAUAAUUAUUGGUUAUAGGAAAGAA